UGAAGUUUUCAUCGUCAUCAGCAAAACCAUUUCUGCGUGCUUGCAGCUGGCGAAGUGCUGUUGGAAAAAUUAAAAAUUCUAUCACUAAAAGUAGUUUGAUUGGUUUGAAUUGUGCUUUAAAUUGUUCCGGAACCGAAGGACAACAUUUGUGGCAUUUAGAAUGGCUUCUCGCGAAAUUGUGAUCGCUACCGAUGAUAGUGACUCGACGGAGGUGGAAAAGUCUCCAGAUAAGGGGGACCUGAAGAAGGCCAAAAAGCACAAAAAACACAAGAAGCACAAGAAGGCGAGUCGCUCGGAGAAAGGGGACCGAUCCAAGUCGAAGAAGCACAAAAAGCAGAAACGCAAGCACCGGGAGGAAGACGGCGAAGUUAGCGAUUCCGAGGAGGAAGAGGAGAAUCUCAAGAACGGGUCGAAGAUCGACAUCCGGAAGUUGGAGCAUGCCAUUAGGGUGAAGCCUAAGGAUGAGGAAAGUAAAGCGAAGGAUAACGGUAAUCUGAAAGCUUCGUUGGAGAAGGCGAAAACGCAACCGGAAAUAUCAACUGAUCCGGAGAAACUGGUUGCUAUUUUGACUCAGACGAUUGACAAGAACAAGACGCAGAAACCGGAAGUUGUUUCGGUUGAAAGUGAUAGCGAUGGCACUGUCGUUGAAGAUGCCCCUAGUCCGGAUGUGGCCGUCAUUGAAGAUGAACUUAAUUUGGAGGAUUUGAUGAGACAGAAGGCCUUGUUGCAAGCACGGUUGGGGGAAUUUGCGUCCGACGAAGAAGAGGAGGAGGCUGUAACGCUCACGGAUGGUACUGAGGGAAAGUCCUCGAAGCAACCGACGAGCGCUAAGCGUAAGAAGAAAAAGUCCGAAGGAGAAGUCAUUGAAAUAGCAGGCGAUUCCAGUGCCGAAGAUGUAAACCGUUUGCUGAAAAAAGCUAGACAGAGGAGUAGGUCCAAAGGGCCGGAAGAGCGAAAACACAGAACAUCGGAUGUGGAAAAACGACCCAACCGAGCCGAAGUCGAUGCGAAAUUGCGUGCCAAACAGCAGGAACGUGAUCGGGCUCGGGAAGACUGGCAAAGGCAACGUGAGCAAGAAGAUCGUCGCAGGGCCGAAGAGCGCUAUGAAAGGGAGCGUGCCCGGGAACGAGAUCGUGAAAGGGCGCGUGAGCGGGAGCUGGAACGGGACCGAGAUCGCGCUAGAGCUAGACAGAGGGAGCGGGAACGUUCGAUGGAGCGUUUCCGCGGUGGGAACUCUCCUCGAAGGGAUCGUCGUGUAAUGUCGCCUCGCCGAUCCCCGGACCGAGGUAGAAGGCUUAGCUCCCGGGAUCGUUUCCGAGGUCGCAGUCGAAGCCGUGAUCGUAUGCGGGAUCGAGAGCGGGACCGCAUGGAUCGCAGCCGGUAUGAUAGAGAUCGGGGAGGAAGGAAUGGACGGGAUCGAGCUCGUCGCAAACCCGAAGAUGAUAAGUUCAAAGAUUCACUGAGCGAGGGGUUGAGACAUCAGAAGGAAUCUAGCAGCGAUAGCGAUAUGGGCGAUAUUGACAUUGAUGACGACGAGGAUGAGGAGAAGAUCAUUGAAAAGCGAAGGAAACAGCGGGAGGAGUUACUUAAGAAACUUGGUGCCGCAAACGAGGACAGCAACACAUCAUCAAUAGAGAUCCAACAACCGCCGCCCAAACCUAAACAAGAACCCACCGAAAAUCGCAGUAUUUCAGCUAGCAAAGCUCGCAAAAAGCAGGAGGACGACUUCUUCGUGAUCGAUGAACCGUCCAAGGCUAACUCCAAAAGCUCUCGGGAUUCGACGAACCUCUCGUUGACGCCACCGAUUCCAAUCACCCGGGUCCAGGCAGAAGAUCAACAAGAACGCAAACCACAGGAGCAGGAUUCGGACGAUGAAAACGGUAGUAGCGGCAAAAAGGAACCGGAAAAGUCUGGCAAACGAGCCGAAUGGGAUAUGUUUGCGGAACAGGAUAUCGAUUCUAACUUUGAUUCACCGAAUACGGUAGUGGCGAAUAAGCAAGGGGCUGAAAAUCCGGCUUUGACCGAUAACUGGGACGAUGCCGAAGGUUACUAUCGGGUCCGGAUCGGAGAAGUUCUGGAUAAUCGUUACACGGUGGCCAACUACACCGGCCAGGGCGUCUUCAGUACCGUGGUUAGGGCCAAGGAUCAGGCACGAGGCGGUGCCAUGGUUGCAGUUAAAAUUAUUCGAAACAACGAAAUUAUGCAUAAAACAGGAUUGCGGGAAUUGGAAACACUUAAGAAACUCAACGACACCGAUCCCGAGGAUCGGUAUCACUGUUUGCGAUUGUAUCGUCACUUUUUCCACAAACAGCAUUUAUGUAUGGUCCUGGAGCCGUUGUCGAUGAAUCUGCGAGAAGUGCUGAAAAAAUAUGGUAAAAACGUCGGUCUGCACAUCAAAGCGGUCCGCAGCUACACCCAGCAGCUGCUGUUGGCCCUCAAGCUGCUGAAGAAGUGCGGCAUCCUACAUGCCGACAUCAAACCGGACAACAUUCUGGUGAACGAUAACAAUCUGGUGCUGAAACUGUGCGAUUUCGGGUCGGCCUCGUCCGUGACCGACAACGACAUCACCCCGUAUCUGGUAUCACGGUUCUAUCGUGCCCCGGAGAUCAUUCUCGGUCUUUCGUACGACUACGGAAUCGAUAUGUGGUCCGCCGGUUGCACCAUCUAUGAAUUGUAUACUGGCAAAAUUUUAUUUAGUGGUAAAUCAAAUAAUCAAAUGCUUAAAUUUUUCAUGGACCUGAAGGGCAAGAUACCGAACAAGAUCAUACGCAAGGGGCAGUUCAAGGAUCAGCACUUCGACCAGAACUGCAACUUCCUGUCGCACGAGAUCGACAAACUCACGGAACGGGAAAAAGUCGUCGUCGUAUCGGUGAUCAAACCGAACCGGGAUCUACAGCAAGAGCUGAUAGCUGGACAGAACCUACCGGAGGAUCAGGUACGGAAAGUGUCGCAACUGAAGGACCUGUUGGAUAAGGUUUUUGCGCUCGAUCCGGCCAAACGGAUAUCGCUGAACCACGCGUUAGCACAUCCCUUCAUCCAGGACAAAAUAUGAACACCCUCCCACCAGGCUUGACCUGCCGCUGCUGGGUGCCGAGAAAAAGGGCGAACGUUCCAUGAAUAUUCCCCCCUCCACACGGAAAGCGAUGUUGCGUCGUACUUUAGAAGAAUAUCAGUGUGUGAUAUGCGUAGAUGUACACGUUGACGAUCUCUUGUUUUUACGAAGCAAAAAUAAGAGAGGUAAACAACUGAACAAGUAGUAAAAACAAACAAACAAUUAUAUCCAAUCUAUAGGGAAUUAUGAGUUUUUAAUUUGUGAUUCGGUAGAAUUAUUAGUUUUAUGUGGUUCAAGUAAAACCAGGCAGGCAAAAUCCGUUUUAAUCAAACGAUUUCCAUUAUGUUGAGAAAAAAAGAAUAGCUUAUCACAAUUUGAUUUAAUAGUUCAAACUUAUGGUUCCGCUUGAGUUUGGGCAAAAAAAAAAACAAAAGUUUAUUGAAAAUUAAGUCAUGCUAAUGAAAAAUAAAUAAACAGUAAACAUUGUCUAACCAUAAUACGCUAGACAUAAAAACAAA